AUGGUAGGUAUAUGGGGACCUGUUGGAAUAGGUAAAACAACAAUUGCUAAAGCUGUUUAUAAUUCUGUUGCCCAGCGGUUUGAAGGGAGUUGUUUUUUGGCAAAUGUUAGAGAAAUUUCAAUGAGUCCUGGAGGCCUUGUUCGACUACAAAACUUGCUUAUUUCAGACCUUCUAAGGCUAAGGGUAGAUGGAUCGGAAUCUUUGAAGGUGCCAAAUAUUGAUUUAGGGAUCAGUAUGAUAAAGGCAAGGUUGGGGCAUAAAAAGAUUCUCUUAAUUCUCGAUGAUGUGAAUGAUUUGAGCCAGCGUUUGCUAACUGCUCACGGAAUUCACCCUAUAUACAAGGUCAAGAAUUUAGAUCCUGUUCAAGCUUUGGAGCUCUUCAGCUGCCAUGCCUUCAACAAUAGCAUUGAUAGAAUGCCAGAUGACUGUAUGCAAACCGCAAUUACUGCAUCAAGCUAUGCUCAAGGGCUUCCAUUAGCUCUUGUAGUUUUCGGUGCAUUUAUGCGUCAUCGAAGUACAGACGAAUGGAAAGCUCCAUUAGACAGGAGAUUUUUCAACCGAGAAAUUCACGACAUUCUCAAAAUAAGUUUAGAUGCGCUAGAGGAAUCAGAGAAAAAUGUUUUCCUGGACAUUGCUUUUUUCUUAAAAGGUGAAGAUAAGGACUCUCUGAUAAAAAUAAUUGAAGGUUAUCACUAUAGUCCACAGCUUACUAUUGGAGUACUCUUAGAUAAUGCCCUCAUCGAAAUUGAAGAAAAUCGUGUUUGGAUGACCGAAGUCCUAGAAGAUAUGGGUAAAGAAAUAGUUCGCUGA